AGUACGGUACAUACUGCCUACGAAUGCGCAAGCGCGUUCUUAUCGGUUUGAUGCAAAAGGAAAAUGGCGGGGACGAUAUCUGUGGCUGGUGAAGUGUUUGUGGAUGCUUUGCCUUACUUUGACCAGGGCUAUGACGCUGCUGGCGUUAGAGAAGCGGCUGCUGCUCUGGUGGAGGAGGAAACUCGCAGGUACCGACCUACAAAGAACUACCUGAGUUACCUGCCCACACCUGACUUCUCUGCCUUUGAGACUGAGAUCAUGCGGAAUGAGUUUGAGAGGCUCGCUGCCAGACAGCCGCUGGAGCUGCUCAGCAUGAAAAGAUACGAGCUGCCGGCCCCCUCGUCUGGCCAGAAGAAUGACAUCACCGCGUGGCAGGAGUGUGUGAAUAACUCCAUGGCCCAGCUGGAGCACCAGGCGGUGCGCAUCGAGAACCUGGAGCUCAUGGCCGAGUACGGCACUAAUGCCUGGAAGGUGUACAACGAUAACCUGGCGUUCAUGAUUGAACUGGCACAAAAGGAGCUCCAGAGGUUCAGGAAGCAGGUCCAGGAUCUUAACUGGCAGCGCAAAAAUGACCAGCUAGCUGGAGGAGCCAAAUUGAGAGAGCUGGAGUCCAAUUGGGUGUCGCUGGUGAGCAAGAACUACGAGAUUGAGCGCGCCAUCGUCCAGCUGGAGAACGAGGUGGGACAGCUCCGACAACAGCAAGGAGACGAGAACAAGGAGAACAUUCGGCAGGACUUCUAGGACAGGAAGUGCACCUUCCUACCUGGAGCUAAGGAGGAUUCGGUUAAGGAGGAGGACCCAGAGGCGGAACAUCGGCCUUCGGGGAAGUGUUGGUGUGUCGGCUAUGAAAUCGGCACGGAUACAAAAACGAGCCAGCAAACAGGGUUUGAGUCAGCCCUGCGAACAGGCCGGGAUGAGGAAGAGUGCAGCCUGAAACACUGAUGGCACACGCAAUUAAUUUCUUUAGAGGCCAUGAUCGCUCAGGUUAGAGGAUAUGAAUCAUUUGUCUUUUUUUUUUUUUUGCUUUUUGUAAAACUGCUAGAUCAAAUGUCUGCGGUUAACAUGCCUGUUAUCUGCUCAGUUUUCUUACCGAAAUAUGUUUCAUGCGUUUUUUUAUUUUUAUUUUAUACUAAUAAACUCACCCAUUGUACAAAUGUGCAAGAAAUGUUUGAAAGUCAAACCCCGUGGUGGUAUUUACCACAACGCUGGUCUGUUUCAGCUUCUGUACGUGUUGAAUGUCUGUGGUAAAUCAAAAGAAGAGGAAGGGGAACCUUCCAAUCAACUUCAGAAAGUGGGAAUAGAACAAAAAAAGUCCAGAGGCUGUGCUCACCUGAUUCCCCUUGCAGUAUCUAAGCACUGUGUGUGCUGCCGUAUGUAAUUUGUUAUUAUAAUACACUUUUUAAUUGAACAACUUCAAGCAUUUUACUCCUUUCAGAAUUGGACAUAUACAGUUCUGUAUGUUUCAAUGUGUCAACUGUGCAGCCUUGGGAUUUAGGAGUUCCAAGUGUUUUGUCUAUCGUAAAAGUCAAGUGACCAAAUAAUUUAAUGGUGUUACAGAAUUUAGAAUGCAGUUAUAACAGGGCUGGCUUAUUUUUUUCCAUCUAUUGAAGACAAAUAAGUUGAAGUAAGAUGGAUGUACGUCUGUAUUGAUGACAUUUUCAUUUGUCUUUUAAUUAUACUGCACAACACUACAUUUUCAGAAAGUUAUGUUAUUAACGUGAUCUCAACUUUUUCCCUAUUAAACAUAAGGUUCUUUUUUUCUCCAUAUUACAGGUGUUAAUGGGUUAAAACUAAUCACAAAAUAGUAAUUAUUACGUACAUAUCAAAUAUUCCACCCAAUUGAGGAAAUUAGCCUUGUCAUGUGAUGCCACCAAAACCAAAAUAAACAUUCUCCCCACCCUCA